ACUACUUAUUGCGCACCUCCCCCGCCAACUCUCAACUUUCUUCCCCUUCCACACUCUCCAUCAACAAACUUCGGCUCUUCCAUCGAUUAUCGCGUCCAGACCUCGCGUCUUACUCUUCCCAGCUACUCAUCCAUUUUCUCGCACUUUUUUCCCACGACAAAUCCAUCAAAAUGACUGGCGGCGGCAAGUCCGGUGGCAAGGCGAGCGGUUCGAAGAACGCGCAAUCUCGCUCUUCGAAGGCUGGUCUGGCUUUCCCUGUCGGCCGUGUUCACCGUCUUCUCCGGAAGGGCAACUACGCUCAACGCGUUGGCGCCGGUGCUCCCGUCUACCUCGCCGCUGUGCUUGAGUACCUCGCCGCUGAAAUCCUCGAGCUGGCUGGCAACGCUGCUCGCGACAACAAGAAGACCCGUAUCAUCCCCCGCCACCUUCAGCUCGCCAUCCGGAACGAUGAGGAGUUGAACAAGCUGCUCGGCCACGUCACCAUCGCCCAGGGUGGUGUCCUUCCCAACAUCCACCAGAACCUUCUGCCGAAGAAGACGGGCAAGACCGGCAAGAACCUGUCUCAGGAGCUUUGAUUUUCCGUGGUUCGGUUUUUUUCGCUUUUUUUCUGGUCGGCACGCUGGGUUCAUGAUAUUGGGGUCACGGUCUCGGGUCAUCGGUUGUUUUUCGCGUGUUUGGGUUGUACAUUAAUCCAUGAUGGGCAUGGUCAUGGUUACGAAUGAGAAUACCUUCUGCACAGUU